AUAAAAUCAAAAAUAAUAUUAUUCAAUAUUCACUUAAUUGAUAAUAAUUUUGUUAUCAAUGGUAUUACAAAUUGUAUAUAAACAUGAAAAACGCACGGCAUGAGUGCUCACGAUUAUAUAAACAUGAUACGACACGUGUGCACUAUGCAUAUACACCAGUUGUAUGAAUUGUUAUUAGAUAUUUAAUCUAUCGUUUUGUGAUACAAAAGCAAAAUCGUUUACCAGUAAUAUACAAUAACGAAUGACGUGGUUGUUGAUUCAUAGAUUAAACUGUAAUAGUGUAUAAUAUGACAGGGUUUAAAAUAAAGUUAUAGAAUUAAAAAUUAAUUUAUAAUAUAUAUACAAAACACUUAUAUUUACUGACACACUUGCAAGUUUUUCACUUCAAUGUUUAUAUAUUUAUAUAUAUUUUAUAGGCUUUUUGUUUUAAAAAUGUGUUCUAAGAAGUUUUUAUUUUUUUUUCCUAUUUUAAUAGUGUUAAAUAAUUAUAAAUCAUUGGCACAAUAUGCACCACCAGGUGUUAACCCACAACUGUAUCAACAACAGCAACAGGUAAAGAAAUUGUAAAUAAUAGCCUUAAAUAUAAAAUAAAAUUACCCAUUACCAUUGAUUCUAUAAAUUAAAUAUUAUUACUUAUAAAACAUAUUAUUAACAAUUAAUUUUGUUUUCACUAGAUACCAAUUCAGCAACAUCCACCUUCACAACAAAAUAUUCCCCAACAGCCUUACCAACAACCACCACCGCCACAGCAGCAGCAACAACAACACCAACCCUCACAGCACCAACCAGUAGUUAUUUACUAUUUACAUUAAAUAUAACUAAUUAAUUGAUUAAUAUUUCUUAUAUAGAAAAUAUUAUAUAAAUUUAUUUGAGAAAAGUAUAUAAAAUUUUUUUUAAAAAAAAAGGUGAUUGGGUGAUUUAAUUGGUAUAUUUUAGGGUCAUGGCCAUGGAUCUGAAGGACAUCAAUCUCAUCCACAACAAGUUUUACAUACUAAUAUUGCAGAAGAAAGCGAGUAAAUAUCUGUAUAUUUUAUAUAUUGAAGAAUUUUGUAUUUUAUUUUGUUACUAUACUAAUUUUGUUUAAUUCAAAUUUUAGACAUAUUAAAAAACAUUUAGAUUUACCAUCAUUAGACACAAGUACAAUGUCAGAACAAGAAUUACAAUUUCAUUAUUUCAAAAUGCAUGAUGCAGACAAUAAUAAUAAGUUAGAUGGAUGUGAACUUAUCAAGUCGCUUAUACAUUGGCAUGGUAAUUUUAUAAUUAAUAAUAUAUAUUUUACUAGUUUUUGGUGUUAAAAACAAAUAUACUGAUUGUAAAGAAAGUUACAAAAGAGAAAUAAUAAUACAUUUUAAAAUAUUCAUCAUUAUUUAUAGUUGACUUAUAAUAAUUGUGAUAUUUUGCUUUAAGUUCAAGGUGGUCAAGAUCCAGCAGCACAAGGCGGUGCACCUCCACCAGAAAAAAUAUUUACUGAUGAAGAAUUGAUGCAAUUAAUUGAUCCCAUAUUAAAUAUGGACGAUACAAAUUUUGAUGGAUUUAUAGAUUACCCAGAAUUUGUUAUUGCUCAAAAUAAAGCAAACAACAUGCAGAAACAAUCAGCAUAAGAAAAUAAUCAUAAUUUAAUUACAAACAUGAAUAUUUAUUUUUAAUCUGAAAUCUACUAUAUUACACAAAUAAAUAAUAAUAAUAAUUAUUUUUUUCAGCGAGGUAUUAUAUUAAGUUUGUAUUUCCCAAAUUAUUUUUAAAUGAAAAUGAAUUUGUUUCAAUGUAAUUAGACUAAUUAGUUAAAUUAAAAAUCAUACAUAUUAUUUGUUAGGUUAUCGUAAUUAUUUAACUACUAAAAUGUAUUGGAGAAAUAUAAAAUGUUAUUAUUAUUAAAAUAAAAUUUAAAUCAACAAGAGGAACUAGGCCAACUCAAAUUUAAUAAUAAAUGUAUCACCUUAAACAUACAUAUUUUUGUGAGACUUAGUUUCUCUUGUAUAUAAUAAGGUCUUACUUAUUUUUUUUACAAAUAUAUUUCUUAUUUUUUUGAUAUUUGAGUUUAUUCAUUAACAUUUCAACAUUUUCUUCAACACAAUCAUCCCGAGGCUUAUUUAUCUUGCGUACAAUCAAGAAUAAACCAAUCAAUGUUAAACCUGUAAUAAAAUUUUAGUAUUAAUAAUUCAUACAUAUUAUUAUUCACAUUUUUUAUCUUAGCUUGCCAUUUAAAAUAGUAGGAAAUACAAUAAAAAAAUUUAAAGUUGUUGACUGGUAAUGAAUUGCUUCGCUGAGAUAUAAAACAAUGGAAAGAACCAUAGACAUAGCCCCAAUACUAACCAUUCUAAAAAAUAAUAAUUGAAGAAAAUCCAACAAAUAUUAACUAUUGCAAUGUAUCACAAAUAAUACAAUGAUCAAAAUGUUUUUUACUCACGGCUUAUAAUGAAUAAAUAAUGAACAGUGUAUCAAACAUAGAGCUUUAAGAAGUGAAAACAUUCCUAGAACUCUUGGUAAAGUUGAAUCCUCUGUAAAUAAUUAUACUUAAA